AGUCACUUUUUUUUAAAGUGCCGUAAGUUCAAAUGGUCACUAAAUGAAUGGCUUUUAAGAAGAGACUGGACAACCACCUGUCCGAAAUGGUCUGGGGUCUCCUGCUUUUAAGCAGGGACUUGGACUAGAACAGGGGUCUCCAACCUUGGCAGUUUUAAGACUUGUGGACUUCAACUCCCAGAAUCUCUCAGCCAGCUUUGCUCAGCUUUGUUGAAGUCCACAAGUCUUAAAGUUGCCAAGAUUGGAGACCCCUGGACUAGAAAACCUCCAGGGUCCUUUCCAACUUGAUUAUUCUGUUCCACUGUAGAUUCUGUUCUGUAUGGCUGCAAGUUAAGGAUACCUGUAUUUCUUUGCAAGUUUCUCUGGCCUUUUUUCCAUGCCUGCAGGAUUGGUUCGUUGCAAGUUUAUUUUUUGUUUUUUCUAUUUUAAUUUAUUUCUUUUAAUUUAUCAAAUCCCCCACCUCCCUCAUAGCGGGAAAAGCAUUAAUUCAGGUUCAUAGCCUGUGGAUUGUGCAUUAUUUUACCGCCACAUUGUGCCAGGUUUAAAUGCACCUCUGUAGUAAGUUUGAUAAAAACCUGAAGCAUAUGCAGAUUGUCCUUGACUUGCAACCUCCAAUGAGCCCAAAAUUUCUAUUGCUAACCGAGACAGUUGUUAAGUGAGUUUUGCCCCAUUUUAUGACCUUUUUUGCCGGAGUUGUUGAGUGACUGCAGUGAGUUGUUAUGUGACACAGUUGUUAAGUGAAUCUGGCUUGCCCAUUGACUUUGCUUGUCAGAAGAUCACAGAAGGGGAUCAUGUGACCCGGGGACAGCCAUCAUAAAUAUGAAUCAGUUGCCAAGUGUCUGAAUUUUGAUCACUCAACCAUGGGGUUAAAAAAGUGACUUAAUUACCAUUUUUCACACUUACGAUCCUUCCAGGAUCCCCAUGGUCCCUAAAUCAAAAUUCAGGUGCUUAGCAACUGACUCACACUUAUGACAGUUGAAGUGUCCCAGAGACAUAUAAUCACUGAACAGCUGUCUCGCUUAGCAACAGAAAUUUUGGGCUCAGUUGUGGUCCUCAGUUGAGGACUACCCAUAGUUUUUACUUUUAUGUCACUGCGGUUGUUAGGUGGAUCACAUGGUUGUUAAGCAAAUCCAACAUAUUCAAUGAGCAUUUGCUGAUUUCUGCAGAGUGAGGAAUGUAAUACAGGAUCCUUCUUUGUAAAUGUUGAGGGGACUGGAGGGGAAUCAAUGCCAGCCCUUUGUUCCUUGUUCCUUUGCUCAGGCUUUGAUGGAGCCAUUCUUAGGAUAAUUUUUUUUAAAAAUUUAAUAAAAAGUUUUUUUAUUUUGAACACAUUAAAACACAAGACAAAUAUACAACAUUUAUAUACAUAUCGCUGCUUCUUAUCCGCUAUUCAAAACGGUCCUUUCUUACUAUUUAUACAUAUUUUAAUUCUAUCUUAUUCUACUUUUAUAUUAUCUAUUUUCCUUUAUUUCAUCUACAUUUCAUCUACAUUUUCUUUAUUUCAUCUACAUACAGAUUUUACCCUGUUGUUCAAUUUUCAUUAUCUUUCCUAUUUUCUAACCAUUCAUACCAUCUACACCAGACCUUAUAAUAUAUUUUAUCCUCUUUUUCUUUGAUUUCUUUGAUGGGCCUCUGGUGGCUCAACAGGCUAAUGCAGUCUGUUAUUAACAGCAGCUGCUUGCAAUUAUUGCAGGUUCAAGUCCCACCAGGCCCAAGGUUGACUCAGCCUUCCAUCCUUUAUAAGGUAGGUAAAAUGAGGACCCAGAUUGUUGGGGGCAAUAAGUUGACUUUGUAUAUAAUAUACAAAUGGAAGAAGACUAUUGCUUGACAUAGUGUAAGCCGCCCUGAGUCUUCGGAGAAGGGCGGGAUAUAAAUGCAAAUAAAUAAAUAAAUAAAUAAAUUUCUUUUGUGAGUUUAUCCAUCUCUGCAUGUAUGAUUUUCUUAAUUAAAUCUUCUGUUGGUGGGUUCUCCUUCCAAUUUUGCACGUAAGCUCUACGUGCUGCAGUUAAUAUGUGUACUAUUAAGUAUUGUGUAUCAUUUGUAUAGUUUUCUGUUGGAAUCCCUAAUAAGAAUUGUUCUGGCUCUCCCUUUAUUGAUUCCUGUAUUAUCUCUUCUAAUCACUUUUUGAUUUUGGCCCAGAAUUGUUUUGCCACCGGAUAGGUCCACCAGAGAUGAUAAUAUGUUUCAUAGUUACUCUUACAUUUCCAACACUUUGGUGAGUUACUAGGGAACAUCUUUGCUAUUAUAGCUGGCGGAAGAUGCCAUCUGUGAAACAUCUUCAUCUGGUUUUCCUUGUAUGCUGUCGAUAUUGUCAACUUCAUGUUUGUUCUCCACAUCUUUUCCCACUUCUCUAGUUCUUAUGAUUAAAGUUUCUUGCCCAUUUAAUCAUAGUAUCUUUGACUAUUUCCUCUUCCAUUUUAUACCGUAACAAGAAAUUAUAUGUUUUACUAAUUAAUUUUUGGUCCUUCCCAUAUAUUAUUUUAUCCAAUUCACUUUGCUCCAAUUAGUCUUUGUAUCUUCUAUAUAUUUUGAUCUAAUUUGGAAGUACGUCCACCAUUAGACUUCCCUAUUCAAAUCCUGUUCCAAUUCUUGUUUUGUUUUUAAUUUUCCCAAUUCAUUUGAUAUAUCCUUGUACCUAAUUAUUUUGGUCCAAUCUAUUAAAUUUGGAUGUGUUAGUGUUUCUUUGGGGGAAAUCCAAGAUGGUAUAUUCAUAUAGCGUUUUUUUUAAAUUUUAUUCCAAAUUAUUAAUAAUGAAUUCCUAAUUAUGUGUCUUCUAAAAUACUCAUGGGUUUUGUACUUUUCACCUCACAAGAAUGCAUGCCAUCCUAUCUGUAGGGCGUGGCCUUCUAUUGUUAAAAUUCUUUUGUUCCCCAACUUCAUCCAUUCCUUUAUGAGCCAUUCUUAGGAUAAUUAGUUGACAAUUAGGCACUUAAGUUUGGCUCUGAUUUGAAGCAGAUAACUCAGACUCACUCAUAAGGAAAUGGAUCUGGUUCCUCUUUCUGGCAUAGUUAUUUUUUUUCUUAUUUCCUGUGAGGAUCUGCUUAAGGCUGGUUGGUUGUGUGUCUGGUGUGGUUGCAAUCUAUUAAUAAUGCAUUUGAAUGCCUCGGGCUGUGUGAAUUUCUAGGUGUCAGUAAUGGUGUUAGGUUAUUCUGUUUCUGUGGCUUGUCUUUUAAUAGGUCCUCUCUAGGAAUAGAUCUGACUCUGUUGAUUUGUCUCUUGAUUGCACUGGGUGUAUAGGUCAGUCUUCUGAAUGCCUCCCGAAUGCCUGGAUUCCAUCAGUUCAGUAUCUCUGUCAGGUUGGUCAGAAUAUACAGCUAGUCCUCAAUUUAUAACCACAAUUGUUAAGUGAGACAUUAGCUAAAGGAGUCUUGCCCUCAUUUUACACCCUUUCUUGCCACAGUUGUUAAGUGAAUCUGGCUUCCCCAUUGACUUUGCUGGUUAGAAGGUCGCAUAAGCUGAUCACGGGAUCUUGGGACACAGCAACGGACAUAAGUAUGAACUGGUCGCUACGCUUCUGAAUUUUGAUCAUAUGACCAUGGGGAUGCUGCAAUGGUUGUAAAUGUGAAAAACUGUUAUAAGUCACUUUUUUCAGUUCCAUUGUAACUUUGAACGGUCACUAAAUGAAGUGUUAUAAGUCAAGGACUACCUGUAUAUGAGCCUAGUAGUAGAUGAUAGAUAUGAUGAUGUGUUCCUGAUGGAAGCUGCAAACAUGCAAUGUGCAGAUUUAUCAUACUCUAUAAUAUUUUCAUAUACCUGAGUAAUUUUACCAAAACAUCAAGGAAGUGGACCUCUCUUUCCAUCAGAGGUGUCCAACUUCAGCAACUUUAAGACCUGUGGACUUCAGAAUUCCCCAGCCAGCAGGGACUUUUAAAGGACACCUUUGCAAACCACGUUUCUAACCACGAAUUUUCACAAAAAUAGCUCAUUAAUUACUUCUAAGUUGACUGGCUGGGGAAUUCUGAGAGUUGAAGUCCACAACUCCUAUAAAGUUGCCAUUACUUUACAUAGUCUUGUUGGAAGAAAUGUCCAUUUGGGUUCAAUUCCAAGCGGGGGGAAAAGACACUGGAAACAUGGAGACUGCUUGGAAAGAUGUUUUAAUGGUGGACAGGAUCACAUGGUUUGAGUUCCUGAACAGAAAAAUGAGCGAGAUGCUGAGCAUGCCUUGGUUUUAUGCCCCCUCUGAGCUUUGAACUUGUGGGGCACAGGAAGAGUACCCUGAUUGGCUGUCAGACUCCCAGGGGGUGGGGGUCUUAGCUAGCCUUGCUGGCUGAUGUAAUCUUCCCAGGUGCCAUGUGGUGAGUUUCAGUUGCUAGAUGGGUCCUAUUGUGUUGCAGAUGAUGGUCCAUUAGCAAAGGUGGGGAGGGGGAAUUGGGUUUCUGCCUCUGGCCCAUUGACAAAGGGAGGGGGGAGGCAGGAAGGUGGCAGCUGCUUUGUCUUAUAAAACAUGUUUCUGCAUUUCUAAUCCAGGGAAAUAUAUUCUGCCUUUUAAAUAUUUCCUAAAAUAUUUCAUUGUUCUAGGAGAGGGGUGGGUGCUAAUUUCCUACAGUCUGAUGGCAGGGAAGAAAUUGCUGAAGACAUGAUGGAAUUUGAUCUUUUUUUUAUCAUCAGUGAAUUUCAUGUAAAGGAGGAAUUUUGGAUGAUGGGAAUUGAGAAAGCUGUUGUUCUAAGUCACUCUUGAAAAUACUGGCAUAUUCUCUUAUGCCAGGCAUGAAAGUCAGCUAGGUGACUUUGGGCCAGUACUCCUCUCUCAGUGUUGUGAGGAAAAUAGGAGCAGGCAUCUUUGAUAUCUUUGCAUUAUAAGGGGCUGAAUAUACCACUGAUUUAUAGGUGCAUGUUAUUGCCAAAGGUGAAGUAAUGGCUUCUGGAGGAGGUAUGGAAAACAGAAGACAGAUCUGAUGACCAUGGCAAAAAGACCAAGGAACUAAUGAGACGACCAGUUCUUUGGCACCUCUCCAGUUUUAGCCAUGGAGGAAUCCGAAGAGAAGCAUUUUGAAGAGGAUACAGUAUAGAAAAGCUACUGUUCCUGAGAAAGCCGACUCAUUUUGGAUAACUCUGCUGACCAAGUCAGAAGCAGCAGCAUCAGAAAUCCUUAAGAGUUGGAAGUGCUGAAUCUACUCUUUGGAUACCGUGGGAGUCCUUGAGGUCACCUCUCCCCAAAGAGAGAUUAGCGUGUCAUCAGAGCAGCUGUCUGUGGAGAAAAAAAAUCCUCCUCUCAUCCCAGGACGUCGGGAAACUUCCAGGUCCUGAGAAGGCGUGGCAGAACCUGGAGGCGGCGUGUAAAGAGGGAUCAGCCUAGAAUCCCUACGUAGCCCCAAGCGGACUCAAUCCAACCUUUUUUGACGGCCGUUGACCGUUAUCUCACUUCAGCAGUAACCUUCUGGCUGCGCCCCCCCCAUCCACUUGCUGCCAUGUAUUCCCUGGUCUUCCUCUGUGCCCAGAAGGUUGUGUCUCACUACACAACCUUGCAAGAUGCCCUGGGUUUCCUCCCGAAGGAGCUGUAUCCCGUCCUGUUCAAGGCCGCCUUCAUGGAUAAGAGAACUCCGGCGCUCCAGCAAUUGGUGCAGACCUGGCCAUUCCCCGUCCUCAGUUUCCAGAAACUCUUGCGCAAAUGUCAGCAUUGUGAACGGGCCCUGAUCCGGGAGAAACCGAACAAGUUGUGUGUUCAGGCCAUUAUUUUGGGGGUGGUGACAUAUCUCAUGAAGAUGCUGGAGGAUCGAACUUGUAGUAAGAGCAAGGGGCAGCGCUUGAAGAUCCUCGACAUGACAGGCCUCCAGGACGAAGGGCACGGCCCAGAGAGCAUGAGCCUGUGGUCCAGGACAGUCACACUAGCCAAGGCUAGCCUGGACAUCUCCAAGCAACAGAGCAAGUGCCUGAAGCGUUCCUCCAAGCGGAGGAAGGGCCCCUACAGUAGCUCCGUGGCCCUGCCGGCACCGCAGCCCGUGUCUGUGGAUGUCUGGGUGGACCUUUUUGUCAACAGCACCUCCUAUGUGGUGCUGAAGGACGCCCUGCAGAUCAACAGCGGCAAUGCCCUGCGCCUGCGCUGCCGGGAUUUCCGGGCGGAGGAGCUCUCUAUCGCCAGCACCGUGGGGCUGCUGGAGUUCCUAGACCCUGCUGGGGUCCGGCAGGUGGACCUGCGGUUCAACAACCUCGGGCUCUCCGGCCUCAGGGUGGUCCUGCCACACCUGACGAAGUUCACCAACCUGGCCAGCCUGAAGCUGCCCUAUAGCAACAUCGAUGUCCGGCGCCUAACAGUGGGCAUGGAAGGGAGCCUGCAGUACUUCGCCACCCAGCUCAGCCGCCUGACCUGCCUCAAAGAGCUGAACCUGGGCUCCUCCAGGCUUUCGGGGAAGCUGCGGCAACUCCUGGGGGACCUGCGAAGCCCUUUGGAGAGCCUGGAGCUGGCCUUUUGCUACCUGCUGCCCAACGACUUCGCCUACCUCUCCCAAAGCCUUCACACCUCGGCCCUGAAGAAGCUCGACCUGAGCGGCAACAACCUGUCCGACAACCUCCUCCAGCCUCUGCAGGGCCUGCUGACCGAGGCCGCCUCCACUUUGCUCCACCUGGACAUCAUGGAAUGCCGGCUGAUGGACAGCCACCUGAACCUGCUCCUGCCCGCCCUCUGCCGCUGCACCAGCCUCCGCUACCUGGGCGUCUUCGGCAACCCCAUCUCGGCCAAGGGGGUGAAGAACCUGCUCCACAAGACGGUGGGCCUCUUGGACUUGCGGCUGGUCAUCUACCCCUACCCCGUGGACUGCUACGGAGACGACCUGCCCUGGCCCCCCACCUCUUCCAACCUGCUCAACGGAUCCGUGGACGAGGAGAAGUUCUCCCGGGUCAGCAACGAACUCCAGCAGAUGCUGCUGAGCGCCAACCGGGGAGACGCCAUCUGGACCACGAACCUCUGUCGCCACAACAGCCUCGACUAUUUCAGUUUAUAGCCCCGUUGGGCACCGGUACUCUUCUACUCCUAAAUCUGGAAUAAAGCCCCUCCUCUUCCUCUCUUGUCAGUGAUCUGAGCCCGCCUGGCAGUCCCAGCAGGUGUAAGCCGGAAGCCAUGCCCGGGGUAACCCUGCAGCAGCUGACUAAGAGCCUGCAGGGAGGUUUUCCUGAAACCUGGAAACACGCUCUGCCAGCUGUGCUGGGCCCUCAAGGAGCCAGUGAACAGGAGCUGCCUCGCAGGGAUGGGGAAGGGGGCACACAGCUGGGGCAGAUUGUUGGCAUUUGCUCUUUUCAUCCCUGCUGAAGAGGGAUGCCAGCCCAGAAUGUCUGUCCCAACCUUGGUUGUUUUUUCCCCCCCUUCAAUUGCAGACCAUUUCCAGUGCAUGUAGCAAUGGGAGGGGGGUCAUUUUCCUGGUUGUUUGACUAUUAUUUUUUUUACUUCUAUACAUCAGAAUGUAGCAUUGUGUUGUUGUGGGGUCUGAGAUAAAGAGGGUGCAGGUGGGCGCUUUUCACCUGUGUCAUUUGCCCUCUCGCAUUGUCGGAUAAGGUGGGAGCAGGCAGGUUGUGGAUCUGGAGUUUAGAGGGAAACCUCGUUUUACAGUGGGCAGCGGGAGGGGGAAGAUGACACAACAGCUUUUAUCUUGAAAUAAAAGACGAUGCCUUUCAAAGCAAACUAC